AUGGCGUCGCUCGAUCAGGUUCAAUCAGUGGAGUCCAUCAUUCAAUACAGCUUCACCAACAAAGACUACCUUCGUCAAGCCCUGACUGCUGCAGGUGUGGAAAAUUACAAUCAUGAGGGUAAUAGACAGCUGGCACAGGUUGGUGCCUCCUGGGUUGACACGGUACUCAAUAUAGUUUUCAUGCGCAUGGGUAUAAGCAAAGAGCAUAAGGCAAAGUUGAAACUGGAGCUUACCAAGAGGGACCACCUUGUUCUUGCUGCUAAGCGAAGUGGCAUCAGCAAGUAUAUCAAGUACUCUUGCCGAUCGGGGUUCGAAUCAACGGCCGUGCUCCGCAAUACAAUAAAUGCAAUCAUUGCAGCUGUUCUUCUAGAUACUAAUGGGAGUAUUUCAGUGACACUAUUUGUUCUGUCGUGCAUCUUCAUGACGCCUGAUAUCCAAUAUCUCGAAACUGGCUCAGAGGCAAUUGUGGAAGCUGUAUCUGCUGUCACAAACGCUGCCCUGACUGCGGGAAUCCACUUUUCUGGUGUACUGACGCCCCCAGCCAUCGAAUCUUUACCAAUUAAUCUACCAUCACAAACCGUGGCCGACCUAGAACAGCAUCAUAUGCUUAUUUCUCCUGUCCAUACCAGCCUGUAUGCUCCGGUACCUCCAUUGUUUGGCUGUAGUGAUUCUCUUGGAAUGAUACGAAACGAUCCGGGGAUAUCGAUAAACAUCUCGACCUCAGGUGUCACAAGUGAACCCAAUAUCUUACCCAACUUUCACCAGCAGCCUCAAUACCACGAUCAUGUCUUCCAGAUAAACCCUCUCCCUGAUGGUAGCAUAGUUGAAGAGUUUCCAAGUGCUAGCAUCGACCCUUCGAGCGUACCUGAUCACGCUACAUUUCCAGUACCGUCUGUCAUCCCAUCCGAAGCGCCGAGAUCAAGUACCACGAAGCCUAAGAGGCCUAGUGAAACCGAAAGAAACGACAAACAAAAGAUCAAGCGUGUAAAAGGCACACAAGUCUUUCAUCUUGAUCCUGAGCUCAAAGAGUUCCUAGCCAACGAGAAGACGAAAUGUGAACAGCAAUGCUUGCCGCUUCCAGAGGCCACAUACUUUACGCCUGAGAUUCAGGAACAGUUGAUGAAUCCGGAGAAGAAGUUGUGUGAGGCUCUCAUACGUCUGGUAAUAAAUAUCGCAAGUCCCCAUACAAUACUUGCGCUAGGUCGGAUGAUACAAAGGGCAAGAAAGGAUGACAAUUUUCGAUCAUGUUGUCUACGAGACAUUAUCCCUAGCCAAAGACUCCAUUUGAUUGAGCGCCUAGAACAAGAGGCUGGCAUCAUUCAGAUUAUGAGAUGGUACCAUAUUCUUGAAAUGUUCCGAGGUUGUGGCGGUCAUGAAACUGUCUCUAGUGCUGGCUAUGUUCAUUACACAGCGGAUACGAUCCCGAGAUCUCGGAAGACUAUGGGAAAUCCGAGAAAUAUGGACGAGCAUAAGGUCACCCAAGCCUUGAUGGCGGAGAUCUUUCCAGAUUUGAAACCGGAUACAGAGUAUUAUCGAAGCCAACUAAAAAGGUUCAACCGGCUACGGAGAGUCGGCAAGCGUCUUCACAUAUUGACAGAGACCUUUGGCGAGGGAAUUCUCGGACUUAUUUUGGACAACACAUUAGAUGGUCGGCUUGAUCCCUGUGUGUCAGAUGUCAUGUUCUGGAAGCCCACGGAAGAAGAGUUCCGUCGUUUUAUCCGACUUCUCGACAACUCGCAAGGCGAGCUUCUCCGUAAGUUCAGCGAGCCCGUUUGGGCCAUUCUAGAGCCCGUUUUUUCCUGUAGGCUGGCGGAAAUGGAGAUAUUUCACAUAGAGAAAAUGUGCCCAGAAGAGAUUUUAAGGUAUCCUAAGGGCGCUCCGGGGCUAUUGGCUUGUAUUCGGUGA